CUGGUGCGUUUGUUUUGUUUGGGAGCUGUGGUUGGUGCCGAGAUGCCCGAGCCGGCCAAGUCUGCGCCCGCGCCCAAGAAGGGCUCGAAGAAGGCGGUGACGAAGACGCAGAAGAAGGGCGACAAGAAGCGCAAGAAGAGCCGCAAGGAGAGCUACUCGAUCUACGUGUACAAGGUGCUGAAGCAGGUGCACCCCGACACGGGCAUCUCGUCCAAGGCCAUGGGCAUCAUGAACUCCUUCGUCAACGACAUCUUCGAGCGCAUCGCGGGCGAGGCGUCGCGCCUGGCGCACUACAACAAGCGCUCCACCAUCACGUCGCGGGAGAUCCAGACGGCCGUGCGCCUGCUGCUGCCCGGCGAGCUGGCCAAGCACGCCGUGUCCGAGGGCACCAAGGCGGUCACCAAGUACACCAGCUCCAAGUAAAGGCUUGGCAGGAAUACUGCUUCACCCAAAGGCUCUUUUAAGAGCCACCCACUUUUUCAAUAAAAGGGCUGAAAGUCAAGUAAGAAACA